GGGCUUAUUUACACUAGUUUCUAAAUCUGCCCCAAAACACGUAAUGCUUUGAUUUGCCAUCUACGUUUAUCAACACCCAACCUAUAUGGCAAUAGCGCCUACACAUUUUAAACUCGUUAAGUGCAGUUUUAUUAUGAAAUCGCCGAACGCAACAUUUGUAGCCUUUUUGUUUAGAGACAGACGGGAAUUGUGUCGUCGCACGUAGGCCUACAAAUGUGUCUGCGGGUUCACCCAGUGACACAGGAAGUGGUUUAAACCUUUUGUAUUAGCGUGAUAAAACCACAGGUCUUCACCGGCUGGGAGUGAGCAGAGAGAUAAACAAAGUCGAUACGCGGUGGAUGCAUCUCAUUAAAAUGCCCUUUAAACGAAUAAAAACAUGCUGUUUAUAAGAAUCUGCAGACUGCUUCCUACUGUGCCAGUGUCACUGGCAAGACACGGAGUUAUCAUCCGUCGCAGCAUGGCCUCAGACACGACGGCAACAGAGACGACCCGGUUCGACCUCCUGGUGAUCGGCGGCGGGUCCGGAGGUCUAGCUGGUGCUCGGAGGGCGGCGGAGCUCGGAGCAUCCACCGCCGUGAUCGAGAGUCACAAACUCGGAGGUACCUGCGUCAAUGUUGGCUGUGUCCCUAAGAAGGUUAUGUGGAAUGCAGCAGUUCAUGCUGAGUAUCUUCACGACCACAGUGAUUACGGCUUUGACGUUGGAAAUGUUCGUUUCAGUUGGGAAGCUCUCAAGGCCAAAAGGGAUGCUUAUAUUAGUCACCUAAAUCGUAUUUAUCGCAACAAUCUUGACAAAGCUAAAGUCCAAACUAUUCUAGGUCAGGCCAGGUUUACCAAUGAUUCUGAGCCGACUGUGGAGGUGAAUGGAAAGAAAUAUACAGCACCUCAUAUCCUUAUCGCCACUGGAGGGCAGCCUACUGUUUUGAGUGAUGCUGAAGUUCCAGGGGGAAGUCUUGGCAUUACCAGUGAUGGCUUUUUUGAACUUGAAACUUUGCCAAAGCGCAGUGUGAUUGUGGGUGCAGGUUAUAUUGCAGUGGAGAUGGCGGGCAUCCUUUCCACCCUGGGGUCCAAAACAUCCCUCAUUGUUCGACAGACUGCGGUUUUGAGGAACUUUGACAGCUUCAUAAGCACAAACUGCACUAAAGAACUGCAAAACUCUGGUGUGGAUGUGUGGAAGAAUUCUCAGGUGAAGUCCGUUUGUAAAACCGACAAGGGACUGGAGGUGACUAUUGUCACCCAAGACCCCGAGAAGAAGAACGACGAGGAGAAGAUCGGCACCAUCCAGGAAGUGGACUGCCUUCUCUGGGCCAUCGGCAGGCAGCCAAACACUUCUGGACUGAACAUCGGCGAGAUGGGUGUGGAUACAGAUGAAAGAGGCCAUAUCAUUGUGGAUGAGUUUCAGAACACCAGCAGACCAGGGAUCUACGCUGUAGGGGACGUUUGUGGCAAAGCUCUUCUCACGCCUGUUGCCAUUGCUGCAGGCAGAAAGCUGGCACACAGACUGUUUGAGGGCAAGAAGGACUCCAAGUUGGACUACUCAAGUAUCCCCACAGUGGUGUUCAGCCACCCACCCAUUGGAACGGUGGGCCUCACAGAAGAGGAGGCCAUUCAAUCUAGAGGAAAGGAGAAUGUGAAGAUCUACAAGACUUCUUUCACUCCAAUGUAUCACGCCAUCACGAGCAGGAAGAGUCAGUGCAUCAUGAAGCUGGUGUGUGAGGGCAAGGAGGAGAAGGUGGUGGGCCUGCACAUGCAGGGCCUGGGCUGUGAUGAGAUGCUGCAGGGCUUCGCUGUGGCCAUCAAAAUGGGUGCUACCAAAGCAGACUUUGACAAGACUGUUGCCAUUCACCCCACCUCGUCUGAGGAGUUUGUUACAAUGCGUUAA